AUGCCUACCUUCAGAGCAGUUCGGCACUUUGUUGGCGCAGUCUUCACCUUCCUCGCCGUUCUCUGCGUACUCAACAGGGCUUGCCUAGAAUCGUACAGCUGCUUGUACGAUCUGUACCAACAUAAGACGGGUAUUUUCGCACGCAUGGCAUACCUGUUCAACUCCUAUAUCCGCAUGAGCGGCUUUACGGAGACCGCAUGGGCUCACUUCACCAAUAAGCACUACCUCAGCGUACCAGUCUGGGUUCUGUCAAGCAUCUGGCUCUCGUGGAGGGCGAUGGCUCCGUAUCGACCAUGCCGCCUCUGUCUACACACCUCGCGUAUGGUCGUCCACGCCGCCUCGAAACUCAUCGAAGGCAGCGCCGCAUGUGGAAGUCGUAUGGACGAUUGGAUCACUCAACAAAUCGACAACUUCUGCAUCAACAUGUGCGCCAAAGCCUGGAACGCCCUCAACGCCACCAACGAUUUCCAUGACGACGACGAGGAAAACCAUUCCCGACAGACAUCCAAAACCCUGAAGCGAUACAAGCGCCAGAUCAGGCGAAAGCUAGCCGCCCAUGCACGCAGUCACGCGCUGCGCAAUUUCCGUGCAUUGUCUACGGCUCGUCCGAUGGCGACCGUGGCAGAGGCUCCAGACGACCACGAAGACCUUGGGGAUUCGAGAUUACGGCGCGAAAACGAGGCUUUUGGAAGCUGGAUUGAGAGUCGAUUCGUGAACAGAAUGGCUCAGAUAGGAAUGAGCGGUGACGAGGCUCUCAGAUGGUGGCGCAGGGAUUACGGGCUCAGAAAGGGAUUAUUCAUGAAGGAGUGGGAGAAUCAGACAGUGGGGCAGUAUGUUUUGGAAAUGAGCAGUUGA